AUGUUUUUUCCUUUGCUGUUCCUGAUGAUUUUCCCUUCUGUUCUCUGUGAGUACCGACGGUCUGUCCGCAAUAAUGCCUCAACUUAUAAAGAGGGAAGUGCAUAUUCCACAAACUUAAAACGAGUUAUCAAUGAUCUGUCUCGUAAUGCACCUCAAAGUUCAGGCUUUAACACCUCUUACCGUGGCCAUUCUCCCAAUAAAGUCUAUGGCCUGCUACAGUGUAUGGGAAAUAUAUCAGCAGCGAAAUGCUCAAAUUGUUCAAUGGAGGCAAAUAGCACUAUUCAAGAAGUUUGCGGCAACGACAUAGGUGGGCAAGUAUGGAUGCAUAACUGCUUCUUGCGCUAUGACAACUCCAAUUUCAUUUCAACAUUAGAUACCAACUUUGCUUUCCUGGAGAACACACAGGAUGUCACACAAGGGAAUCUUGCAGCUUCCAAGCGCAUAACAUUCGGUCUUCUGUCAGAUCUGAUUGAUAAAGCUUGCCUUCCAGCAAGUAUGGGAUUUUUCUCAGGAAAAAGUGAGCAUUCUUCUACAAUGAGAAAUGAAAAGGCUUCGGGCCAGGUUUACGGUCUAGUACAGUGUUGGAGAGACAUAUCUAUCAAGGAUUGUAGAAAUUGCUUCUCGCAGGAGAAGGAAGCUCUGGAGAGUUGUUGCUAUACUAAACAAGGCGCCCACGCAAUGUCAGGAAGUUGCACGCUAAGAUAUGAGAUUUAUCCCUUUGUUGAUCCACCUGCACCUCCAAGUAUACCGCCCUCUCUUCCUCCAAGUAUACCGCCCUCCAUAACCAAGAGUCCUGUUUAUGAACCUUCCCCUAUGAGAUCAAACAAGUCAUCAGGAAGGUUAUGGAUGAUAUUAGGGAUUAUUAUAGGCUCGAUAGUCAUCUUCGCUGGCUGCUCCUUGGCAAUCCUAAGGAAAUUUAAAUCUGCAGUUUCGAGGAAGCCAGUAACCCUUGUGAGGGAGAAUGAAGGUGAUACUAGGAAGCUUUUAAAAAAAGAGCAAAUUUCGUUCACCUUAGAAACUUUGAUCGGAGCAACAGAGGAUUUUAAUGACAAUAACAAGCUUGGAGAGGGAGGCUUUGGCCCAGUUUAUAAGGGAAAGACCAGAGAUGGCAAUCAGAUAGCAGUGAAAAAGUUGUCUGCAAUGUCUGCACAGGGGAAAAGAAUUUAA